AUGCGGGAUAUUGGAUGUUUUUGAAAUGAUGGAGAAUAUUUGUAGCUCAGGUGGAUGGUCUUGGUUGUAUUGUGGUCUCUGAGCUGAGUUGUUUAAUCGUGGAGCUUUCAUCGUCUAGCUAGACAGCGACAUCAUCAGCACCUAAUUCAGUAUGAAGUGACCUGUCAGUAUUUCUCCAUGAGUGUGGUUUUGCUCUCAAUCCCGGGAACUCCAACAUACAACAUAUCAAGAGAACUUUCAAGAAAACUGAAACACCCGGUUCAAUCAUGUGGACACUCCAUCAAAUCACCAACAGAAUUCUUAGAAAACAUCAAAAGCAUUAAUAUGGAAAACGACGAAUUAAUGAUAUCCUUAGAUGUCACGGCACCCUACACUUCAAUCGAACCCCAAUUGGCGAACGAAACGAUGUCCCUCCAGCUCACUGAAGACACAACCCUUUCAGAAAGCAUAAAACUUAAAUGUUCAAGUCUGAUGGAACUCACCGACCUUUGUCUGACAACAUACUUCCAAUUCAAUGCCAAGAUAUACAAACAGAUGAAAGAAACUCCCAUGGGGUCACCGAAAUCCGGACUAAUUGCAAAACCAGUGAUGUAGAGACUGGAAACCAUCAUUCUACCUGUGAUUAAAUCAGCAUUGUGGAUUCACUAUAUACAUGAUACUUUUGUCAUCAUUAAAAAAGAUGGUAUAGGAAACACUCACAGUUUCAUCAACAACGUUUUCAGUGACAUUAAAUUCACAAUGGAAACGGCGUCAAACAACC